GGCGGAGCGGCAGUAGGCAGGCAGGCAGGCUAGGAUCCAGUGUGCAACAGCGGGAUGAGAGCGAGAGCGAGAGCCGAGGCGGAUGAGUGCAAACAGCGCAACCCUUGAAUGUGUGACGGGAAGCUAGCGGCGCAACGACAAAUUGUGAACAUUUGUUGUUGUUGCCGUCUCAUUCCGCCCUCUUUAUUAUUAUAACCGACUAGCUUUAGCUCUGAUUUCAUACGAAGUCCCGCGGUGGGAGAGGCAAGGAGGAGUCCGGACAGGUUUCAGAAGGAGGUGGACGUUUUACUCUCCCUCCGCUAGGGCUCACUGACGAAGAUAAACGCCGGCAAGUGUGCCUUUUUUUUUUUUCUCCCCCCCGCCCCCCUCGCCAUAAUUUUUUGUGUGUUGGACCGAGUGAGCGAAGAUGUCGGGGCAGAGCAUUACGGACCGGAUAACGGCAGCCCAGCACAGCGUAACGGGAUCUGCCGUGUCCAAAACAGUAUGCAAGGCCACCACUCACGAAAUAAUGGGCCCGAAGAAAAAGCAUUUGGACUACUUGAUCCACUGCACCAACGAGAUGAACGUGAACAUUCCUCAACUGGCCGACUCGCUGUUUGAGAGGACCACCAACACCAGCUGGGUCGUCGUAUUCAAGUCACUGAUCACCACACACCACCUUAUGGUGUAUGGCAACGAACGUUUUGUGCAGUACCUGGCUUCGAGGAACACAUUAUUCAACCUCAGUAAUUUCUUGGACAAAAGUGGCCUGCAAGGGUAUGACAUGUCUACGUUUAUCCGGAGGUACAGUCGAUACCUGAACGAGAAAGCUGUUUCGUACAGACAGGUUGCCUUUGACUUCACCAAAGUUAAGCGAGGAGUGGAUGGCAUCAUGAGGACCAUGAAUACAGAGAAGCUGCUCAAGACCGUCCCCAUUAUUCAGAACCAGAUGGACGCCCUCCUUGAUUUCAAUGUAAAUGCCAACGAGCUGACCAAUGGAGUCAUCAAUGCAGCCUUUAUGCUCCUCUUCAAAGACUCCAUCAGGCUAUUUGCUGCCUAUAAUGAAGGCAUCAUCAACCUGCUUGAGAAAUACUUUGACAUGAAGAAAACCCAGUGCAAAGAAGGGCUGGACAUCUACAAGAAGUUCCUCACCCGAAUGACCCGGAUAUCAGAGUUCCUCAAAGUAGCCGAGCAGGUGGGCAUUGACCGAGGAGACAUUCCAGACCUUUCCCAGGCUCCCAGCAGUCUCCUGGAAGCUCUGGAGCAGCAUUUGGCCUCUUUAGAGGGCAAGAAGGUGAAAGACUCCACGGCAGCCAGCAGGGCCAGCACUCUGUCCAAUGCCGUGUCGUCGCUGGCGAGCACGGGAAUGUCUUUCACCAAAGUGGACGAGCGGGAGAAGCAGGCAGCACUGGAAGAAGAGCAGGCCCGACUCAAAGCGCUGAAGCAGGAACAGAGGCUCAAGGAGCUCUCCAAGAGGCCCUCCUUCGCCACCACAGAUACGUCGCCCAUCACUACCACAGGGGGCACUAUUAACACGGCUCCAGCCAUCGAUCUCUUCUCCACACCAAGCUGCUCCAACGGUGCAGUGAAAAUGGAGAGCGACCUGUUUGAUCUCCAGUCGACGUUCCAGCCACCCAUGCAGUCCGCCUCUUCAGGGCUCCCCGUGGCGACAGCGUGGGCAGAUCCUUUCACCUCCGCCGAAGUUGGAGACGACUCCAUGCCAAACCUUAACCCUUUCCUCUCAAAACUCGUUGUCGAUGCCUCUCACUUACCUGUCGUGUCUUCAGACGGUGUUAGCUUGUCCACUAGGACAUCUGCUCAUGAAAUGUUCUGUGAUCAUUACAAUCCCUUUAUUGACACAAACUCGUCAAUUUCAACCAAUAACAAAUGCACAGUGCGGCUAGAACACUCCAUCUCAGACUCCUUCUGUGGCCCAGUGUCCAUUGCUCAGCACCUCCCACACCAGGCUCCUUUCCCCACAGAGCCCUCUACUGUAGCAGGUCUAUUCAGAGGAUACUCAACGCCUCAGCCCCCUGCCCAGCCACCUGCAGGAGGUCUCCAAGUUGACUUUGAGUCUGUGUUUGGAGCCAAAGCUACAGGCAGCAACAGCCACAAUGUUGAUGAUAUUGCCGGAGGGAUCCUGAAACCGACCCUCGCCGGCUCCAACCUGCCGUCCAAUCAGCAGCCAGAGAAGCUGGUGUCGGAUGACCUUGACUCCUCCCUCGCCAACCUUGUCGGUAACCUCGGCAUCGGUAACGGCACCAUGAAGAAUGACAUCCACUGGAGUCAGCCUGGUGAGAAGAGGAUGACAGGCGGGACCAACUGGCAACCCAAAGCUGCACCGACGACGACCUGGAACCCCGUCUCCAUGCCCCCGUCCAUCAUGGCCUUCCCCGCCACUACACCCACGGGCAUGAUGGGCUAUGGCAUGCCUCCACAAAUGGGCUCCAUGGGCAUGAUGAAUCCGCCCACCAUGAUGUAUGGCCAGCCUGUGAUGAGGCCACCCAACCCUUUUGGUUCAGUGUCCAGCACUCAGCCCUCGGCGGCCUCUAGUCCUUCCAGCCAGAGUCCUCUCCGAGCCCCCGGACAGGACCCGUUUGCACACCUCUCUCUCAAGGAUUUCUUGUAGAGCGUCUUUUUAGACGCAGUUCAUGUAACUUUGAAGAGCUCGUCUCUCUCGGAAAGAUGAAGCACUUGGCAGCAAAAAGCUUUGUACUCGUCCAGGUCUCAGGAGAGACAUUCACACACACGGCCCUUCCCCUUACACACCCCCACCACAUACACACACACUCGGCACCCCUCUAAAAAUACCAGUCAUGUCAAGAGCCAUGAUGGCUGUCAGUAACCGUGGUAACAAAGAGGAUUCCCUCUCCAUUUUACAGUGUCAUCUGUAAAGUUCUGGCUGCUGAGAAACUGUAUUUGGUUAAAAAAAAAAAAAGACAAAAAUUUAAACUGCAGUUGGGUGUUGAGCGAGUGGGGAGGGGGAUUGGUUGGCGAUGGCGACCUUCCCUUUUUUCCUCAACACCACUGAGUCCAUCAACCGUCACGGCGUAGUGAUGCUAAUGACGUUUACACCCGUUUAAGUUUGUCUUUUUUACCGUGUUUACAGUAGACAUUCCCUGUGUGUCGUUUGUUUAUUUAUGAUUAGCGGUCGAAGGAGCUCGAGCGGGGGUUUAUUGUAAAAUCAACAUCGCAUAAUAAUGAGCAUUGAGCACGCCUGGGUGAGCUUGAGCAUUAAUACUAUCAAGAGGUAGAGUGACAAAUAGCUAUUAUAUAAAUGACACUUAAGCCGAAUGAUAGAGCACUAAAAAUUAACUUUUUUUUUUUUUUUUUUUUUUUUACUAUUGCUAGAUGAAAAAUAACAAAAAAAUUUAAAAAUCACAGCCGCCACUGCUGAGAGUGCAGAGGCCCACCAAUACGGCCCACCCUGAAUUCCUAAAAACAUGGGCAUAUUAUUUAUAAAAAAAAAAAAAAAAAAGUUUGAUCAUAAUUUUUCUUAAGUUUAGUACGGCCCUCGCAGGUCUUGAUGGAAAAAGGGUGGCCCACCCCUGCGCUAAACAGUCCAUAGUUCAUUCUGUGCCUAUAUAGGGGUCUUUCUUUUUUGUUUGCAAGUUGAGUAACAUUUCACGCACCAUCCUGGCGACAGCGGACUCCAUUUUGCUUUACUAGCUUGGCACGCCAUCGACUCAGAGAGCGCGCUGCCUUUACUCUGAAUGUGAAGAGUUGUCUUCAUGUUGCACACAUCUUUCCACACCGCAUGCGCAGCCACCCACCCAGCGCCUUACUCGUCAAAACGUGCUCGAGAAGCAGGUUUGAUGUAAAUGAAUUGUAUAGAAGAUCGAGAUGGAUGCUUGCCAGUGAAGGGCGGUGAGCGGGCGGCGUUGGCGGAGGUGGAAGAGGAGGGACGAGCACUGUUGAUCGGCGCUCUGUGUAAAUAUAAUUAAGACAAAAAAGUGACUGUUCUUUGAUUGCAAAAGUGAAAGAUGUAUGAAAUAUGAACACGAUUCAAAUCCAAUUUGACUCUACCCAUUAAGUCUGAUUCAGGAUUAUCCUCUGCAGAUCUCUUCUGUUUUCAGAACCUGUAGCAGGCGACCACUCAAAUAUUGUUUUUUCUUUUCAAAUAAAGAGCAGCUUCCACAAAAACACAACAGUCCCUUUCUCUCCCUUUUUCUCUGUCACAAAAAGAACAGUUAAUGAUGAGCUAAAAUUUGCCCAGACCACUAUCUCGCCUCAGAAUUCAACAGUAUCAUUCAACACACCAGUGGCACAUUCUAUUUACUUUGAAUCCUUUCCAUAAAAAUGCCAAAACCUU